AUGCGAAGGGCCUCGCCGAGGCAACGCGUAUCAGGUUGGUGGGCCAGAUACAUCCGUUGCGAUGCUGCUCAGGAUCCAUGGUUUACUGACACCAAAGCCAGACUUGCCAGAUGGAGCGCCACAUUCAUUGCUGCGUGGUUUAGCCUGCAACUUCUGCAGUCCAAGAAGAGCUCAGCCUUCACAGAAAAAAUCCCGGUCAAAUCGGACAUUCCUCCAGGGGCCGGGCUGAAGGAGAUUCGAUAUGCCGGGCGAACUCUAGAUUUGACCCUGUUCACACUGACGCGGGCACUUGAUGUCGUCGUUGGAGAGAUAUGGGCCCGUAGACGCGCACGUCGUGUUGCUGAGGGGAGAUGGACCAAGGCGGAGUGGAUCAUAGGCAGAUUCACCGACCCGUGCCUCUUCGUCACCUCAUGCGCCUUCAUCAUGUGGUCGUGGAUCUACCAUCCCUCGCGGCUCCCCAGCGCCUACAACAAGUGGAUCAGCUCGGCUGCCAAUGUCGAUAUGCGGCUCAUCGAAGCUCUCCAGAAGCUGCGCGCCGGCGAGAUGGCCUACGGCCGGAGCGGUCAGGCGGAGCUACUGCAAGGCAUGUGCGAGAAGUACAAGUGGCCGGUGGAAUGGGGAGACCCGUCAAAAUCCAUCCCAAUCCCCUGCGAGAUGGUCCACAUGGGCUGCGGCCCCUCGUGCGAGCUCCACGCCAUUAGUCGCUUCUAUCGGUCGUGGAAGUGGUCCAUGGCCAUGUACCUACCCCUGAGCAUGGCGCUCCUCCUCAGGGGGCCGAUCAACAAGAAGAAUGUAUUGCGUGUGCUGCUCUCGGCGUCGCGCUCGGCGGCCUUUUUGGGGACGUACAUCACGCUCUUCUACUACGGCGUCUGUCUCGCCCGGACGAGGAUCGGGCCUCAUCUCAUCGGCAAGGACAUGGCGGCGCGUCAGAAGAUCGACACCGGCAUCUGUGUUCGUACCGGAUGCUGCCUGUGUGGCUGGAGUGUGCUCGUCGAGUCCGCCAGCCGUCGCAAGGACAUGGCCCUCUUCGUCGCGCCGCGGGCCAUGGCGACGUUGUUGCCUAGGCGGUACGGAAUGGACAAGCAGUGGAGGGAGACGCUAGUGUUUGCCGCCAGCACGGCGGUCGUGUUUACCUGCAUCCAUGAGAACCAGGCUCGUGUGCGAGGCGUGUUAGGUGGUGUUUUGGGGAUGGUCUUGCGUAAUUAG